UGCUCCUCCCUCCUCCUGUGGCUCCUCCCUCCUCCUGUGGCUCCUCCUGUUGCUCCUCCCUCCUGUUUUCCUCCCUCCUCCCGUCGCUCCUCCCUCCCUUCCCGCCUCAUCAUCAGCAGCAGCAGCAGGAGUGGAGUGAUCAUUAUCAGCAACCGCAAGCAAGCCGCGGGUUCCAUCGCGACUCGCACGGCUCGCUGUGUCGCAGCCUUGACCCCGCCAUCUCGCGAGGGCGGUGCAGGGAAGGAGGAGGCAGAGCGGGGAUAGAUAGCGAGCUGCGUGUGUGUGGUGGUGGUGGUGGUGGCGAAGUUUCCGUGGUGUUGUUGUGGUGGUGGUGGUGGAGUUUUGGUGGCGUUGUUGUGGUGGUGGUGAAGUUUCGUGGCGUUGUUGUGGUGGUGGUGGAGUUUUGGUGGCGUUGUGGUGGUGGUGGAGUUUUGGUGGCGUUGUUUGGUGGCUCUUCGUCGUGGGGUGGAAGAGAAGUGUGGUUUUGUUGGUGGUGGUGGGUUGUUUUAGGUUGUCGUGGUGUGUGUGGGGGUGGGAUAUUCACACGCGUGUGUGUUUUUGUUCACCGUGUGCGUGCGACAGGGUGUUUGUUGCGUGUCUGUAGGGUGUAGGUGAAGGCGUAUUCGCCAGGGUAACAACUCUGUGUGUGUGAUAGCUUGUUGGGGGUAUUGUUUUUAUAUUGUUUACGCAUGCCUGUAACGGUUACGUGUGGUAUCGGGACACAUUGGUUUUGUUGAACUCUUAAACCUCGAGAUUACAUCGGUUCGUGUGUGUGUGUGUGUUGGGGGGGCGUGCUAUUUGCUAUCACUUAUUCCAAAGCCUUGGACGUAUCGGCGCACGCGUGUGUGACAUUAACACUGAUGUGGUGAACAACAUUCACUGGGUGGUGUGAAGUUUCAGGUGUGCACGAUUUGUGUGGGUGUGCGUUUCACCAUACCGUGUGUGUGUGUGUGUGAACACAAUACUAUACACGGCAAGAGAGAUUGUGAGUGAGAGCUAAGAGAAAGAAGAGUGAGUGUGUGUGUGGGCGAAAGGACACCACACCCCAUACAACAAACACAAAGGGGUGAGCGAAGUUGUUGUUGGGGUUGUUGUUGGAACGAGCAAACUGCUUGCACACCUGCACACGAUGGGUGCCAAGCUACCUCCAUCACCACUCCUGCUGCUACUGCUGCAGCUGACAUCGACUGCCUGUGGGGUGGCCUACAGGGACGUGCCCGGUCAAGGACUGGCGUUUGUGGCGGUCGGGGCAUCCGGGCGGGGUGCGUCGCGCUUCGCCAGGGACGUGAGCCCCCUGCCCAACGCGGCGUCGGCAUCGCAGCCGUUGAGCACCGGAGUCAACGACGUGGACGACGACAACGACGACCCCUGGGGUGGCGAGAGUCAGGACGGCGCCGAUAACGGCACCGCUCACUUUGAGGACAACCACAGCUACUACACUUCGCGAACCUACCGGCUCGCCGACCCGCGCGGCCGCGAGCUCUGGGUCAACAUCGACAAGAUGCAGAACCAACACGUGCGCGUGCACGGCAUCCUCUCCAACACGCACCGGCAGGCCGCGCGGGUGAACCUGUCAUUCCCGUUCCUCUUCUACGGACACCACUUGGAGGAGGUGACCAUCGCAACUGGAGGGUUCAUCUACACGGGGGAGGUGAUCCACCGCAUGCUGACGGCCACCCAGUACAUCGCGCCGCUCAUGGCCAACUUUGACCCCAGCAUCUCCAAGGAGUCCACCGUGCGAUACUUCGACAACGGCACGGCACUCGUGGUGCAGUGGGACCGCGUGCACCUGCACGACAACCCCGGCGCUGGCAGCUUCACUUUCCAGGCCGCGCUGCACAGCGACGGCCGCAUCGUCUUCGCCUACAAGGACAUCCCAGUCCCAGUCACGAGGAUCAAGGGAGACAACCACCCGGUGAAGGUCGGCCUGUCGGACGCCUUCAUGGUGGUGGAGAGUCUCGGCGCACUGCCCAUUCUGCGGCGCCGGACGAUCUACGAGUACCACCGCGUGGAGCUCGAGGUGGUGAAGGUGACCAACCUGACCGUCAUCGAGAUGGCGCCACUCCCCACGUGCCUGCAGUACACCAGCUGCAAGGGCUGCCUGACCGCCCAGACCAGCUUCAACUGCAGCUGGUGUGGUCACCUCCAGAGGUGCUCCAGUGGGUUUGACCGCCACCGUCAGGACUGGAUUGACAACGGCUGUCUGCAGGAGUUACGCGAGGAACAGUGCGAGGAGGAGGAGGCGGCGGGGGGAGCAGCCGGGAACUCGAGCGACGUUUCGCCCUCGGGGCCAUCUGCGCGGCAGAGCACCCAGGCCAGCUCCACCGCGGUCUCCACCGCCAAAACGGCGACCACCAGCUUCGGUCCCAGAGAUGAAGGCAGCAUGUCUCUGCAUCUGAAGAAGUCUGCCAUGGAGAGCUACUCGCACUCCCCGUCGCUCUACGUGGGCUCCGUGCUGGGCUCGCUGCUCGCCGUGCUCAUCCUGACGGCGCUGUCGCUCAUCGUCCUCUACGUCUACCGGCACCCCACGUCGCCCGUCGGCCUCUUCAUCAUCGAGCACCGGCCCAGCCGCUGGCCGUCGAUGCGAUUCCGCCGCGGCUCGGGCCACCCGUCCUACGCCGAGGUGGAGUCUGUGAGCCUCGAGAAGGACUGCUUCGUCGAGUCGUAACGCACGCCCGCCACCCUACUAGGGAGGAGGGGGGCGGUGAGGGGGGGGGGGGCACGGUGGGAGGGUGGCGUGGCGGGACGGUGUCCGUGGAGGAGGAGGAGGAGGGGGUAAGGCAGCGUUUUAAAAAGCUUCCAGUCCUUGCGACCGGCCACGGUCCGUCAUUUCCACCUUUGCCCGUUCCCGCAGUUUAAAAAAAUAAAAUUGACAUUCAGUUGGUUCACGCCGCACGCGCCUGACGCUUGAGGGAACUCGUGCCCCUUGAUGUUAAAGAGCCGAUUCAAAUUCACACCGAGAUAUUUUGCGUGAGUGUGUGUGGCGCCCCUUGCCACGUAGAGGGUGCCGGUUCAUGUGAACAUCGCCAAACCUAAGUCGCAUGGGGACGUGUUGAACAAUCAUCUGGCGUGUGCGGCGCGUCACAAAUACAUUUCGAUUCGGGAUGGAGGAGAGGUGGGGAAAAGUCUGAAAGGCCCAUGGUGGUGGGACAAGGCGAGAGUGGGAAAGGCUGGGCGGGGGUUGAGGGGGGGGGAUAGGGGUGGUGGAGGGGGGGUUGGAGGGGGGGGAUGCGUCUGUGAUUAGCAUGCUCUGUCCACUGCUGGGUGGAUGUGAGCCCGGGAUUGAUGCAUGGCUGUCUUGGGUGAUCGCCCUGCUAAUGGAUUUAAUGGUUCCCGCCGGAUGGGGUAUCCUUUGCCGUGUCGCCGAGCGGUUCGGUCCGACGCGUCGGUCGCUCCCGCAGGAUGCACUGCGCGAGGCUUCGCACGCAGAGCCAGCGCGCCGUGUCUGUCGCUUUGCCUGCUGGGGGAGAGCAUGGGGGCGUGCUCGCUCUGCACGGGAAGCGAGGCGCGAGUUGGCACGGAACGACGCUACGUGUACGGCACACCGGCAAGCGUUCACCUGCACCCCGAGCGCAGAUGUGUGCACACGCACGGAGCAUAAAGUUGAGAGCACGCGCGCACGAACACGCAGCACACGUUUUUGCACAGGUUCACAAUCACAGUUUGUACCGAUUUGAGCACGGUGUGGAUUUGAACGCCGCACGGAUUGAACACGACUUGGAAUUGCACGGCACUUGGGUGCGGGGCACAAGCACACGUUUUACAUGCAUUCGUCGACUCCGUGUUGACUGCGCCGUGGCUCGGGAGGAACGCGUGCCGCUCGCUCGCCCGCCCGCGCGGAGAGGAGUGCAGCAGCAGACGCUGCUGCUUGUGGGGAUGGAUGGCGCUGCCGACGCUCGCUUGGUGUGGGAAGUGCCUUGUUUGUUUUUUUGCCGACGGCCCAAGCGGUCGCCCCGUCCGUUUACGGACGCGCGCCUUACCUUGUCGUUAGAGGAGUAUUGACGGGGAUUUUUUUAUUUUACACAUGCCGUGAUGGACUGAUGGGUUUUUAUAACGAACAAAACGACAACAAAAACGAUUGCGUAAACGUCAUCGUUGAGUGUAAAAUUAAAGUGUGGUGCAUUCCAUGGCAGUCGUUUGAUUCGACUGUGGUUAAGGACUACAAUAUUUUUUUGGGGGGGGAGGGGAGCGGGUUGGUUUCGUCUGUAACCCCCUCCCUCUUGUCCAUGCACUCGCGCGUCAAUGCGUUUUUUUAAGGAGGGUGGCAUCGCACUCCCAUGGAGAGGGGAAAAGGAUGUACAAAUUUAGACGGUGUAGAUUUUAACAGUGAGAAGGACUGAUUGACGUUGCUUUUUAACCACGUGUUACUGACUUUUCAGAGUUGUGAAGUUCGUUCGAGGGAGAUAUUUUAAACGGUACUUUAACCGCCAUGCUUUGGUUUAAAAUGUUUUAACAUUUUCACGGUUGUUCGAAUGAAUUGAAUAUCGGCUCGGGGCGGGUUGUAAGGUACAUGGCGAGGAUGAUUGGGGAGACGUGGUUUAUUUUGUAAGGCUCUGCUUCGCCACGCGUGUUUUUACGUGGCGUUUUAAACGUUUUUAACUGUUCAUUCUUUGCUUUAUGCAGUACCGAAGAUUCCCGUUUAGUCGUUCCACAUGGUACGAUGGGGGUAAGGGCUUGGACAAUGCAGUGUCGUUCUUUACACAUGUAUAUAUUCUUGUAAACAACCUGGCUGUAAAUAAAGAUUUUACUCUCCCUGUCGCAACACAAA